UAAAAUUAGUAAAUUACACCAUUGCGGUAUCGUGCUACAGCUUCGAAUUUUGAUUAUAAAUUUUACUGGUACAAGUGGUACAGCACUACAGCGAAAAACAAUAAUUUAACUUCCAAAAUAUCCAACAGUAGAUCAUUCCAUUAUACUAUACUUUUCGAAAAUGACCGACCAAAACAUUUUAGAUAAAUCUAUGAGGAGCGUUUUCGUGGGAAACAUUCCGUAUGAGGCCACUGAAGAAAAGUUGAAAGAUAUAUUUAGUGAAGUAGGACCAGUCAUAUCAUUCAAGCUGGUAUAUGACCGAGAAACGGGUAAACCCAAAGGUUAUGGAUUCUGCGAGUACAAAGAUCAAGAAACCGCACUUAGUGCUAUGCGAAAUCUUAAUGGACAUGAAAUUGGUGGACGUACUCUACGCGUUGACAACGCUUGUACAGAAAAGUCUAGACUUGAAAUGCAGUCUUUAAUGAUGGGUAUGCCUACUUCGGAAAAUCAUUAUGGUGAAGCUGUUAGUGCAGAGAAAGCGCCAGAAGCCAUAAGCACUGCUGUUGCAUCUUUACCACCAGAACAAAUGUAUGAACUCAUGAAACAAAUGAAAGCAUGCAUUCAGAAUAAUCCAACUGAAGCUAGAAACAUGUUGCUUCAGAAUCCUCAACUUGGAUACGCAUUGUUACAAGCACAAAUAAUAAUGAAAAUAGUGGAUCCUCAAGUUGCUGCUAGUAUGUUACAAUCUUCAAACCAAGUUCCAGCCACUCCAAUACCCAACAAUUCUACUACCACAACACCAAACAUCAAUUCAAUGCCUCAUAUGCCCAAUAAUGAUACUAAUGUGUGGGCACAGCCCAAGUCUUCAAUCCCCCCAACGGUCCAGCCCCAUGUCGAAGACAUGGACUUGAGACAAGUAAACCGUGGCCGUGUAAUGGAUCAAGAUUUAAGACAACCACCAAUUCAAAUGCCAAUCACUCAACCAUUGCCGUCAAUACCAGUUGAAUCUUCUAUUCCACCACCAUUACCGGUUUCAAGAGACCCUCGUGCACCAGUAUCAAUGGAUUCAGAUAUUCGAACUUAUUCAAGGGAUCCUAGGGCAAACAGCAAUAAUGCUGCAGCAACAGCAACACAAAUGCCCCCUCAGGCUGUUCAACAACCUGCUCGGCCACAGGUUGUACAACAACCAGCCAAACCCGGAUCUUCUACAGAUACUGAAAAGGCGGCUUUAAUCAUGCAAGUGUUACAAUUAACUGAGGAACAAAUAUCGAAACUGCCUGCAGAACAGCGACAAAGCAUACUUGUUUUGAAAGAGCAAAUAGCCAAGUCAGCUCAGAGAUAAUUUAAGUUAAAUAGUUGUUUAAAAACUUUAAUAGGUUUAAUUUUUAAAAUUAUUAAUAUAUUGAUUGAACGACAAUGUGACAGUGUAUUAGUAUUGUGAUAUAAUAAUUGUCACCAUUUAUAUAUUAAGCAUAAUACAUGUUUAUUAAUUUAUUUACACAACUCC